AUGAGUAUAAUAUAUGAUUAUGGCUAUCUAUUUUUAAAAUUGCAAUACUUGGGCUAUUCUAAUUAUUUACAAGUCAUUAGAUCUUCAAAUGUAUUUAGUGUAGAGAACAAAUCUAAGAAAGAGAUUGUAGACUAUAUAGACCAAAUUGUACCAAAUGGUGCAAUAUCGACUUUUAGAGAGCCAUACAAUCACUGCGGUGCAAUCUGCUUGUUAGAUAAUGGUAGCAGAUCCAUCAUAAAUGGAGAGAUUCGAUUUCAAGCACAAGUACCAAAGGAUAUCGAUGGUGAAGAUGGAUGGAGAUUAAGAGGUAAUAAGUACUUGGAAAUGGUAAUUUUGGAAGAACUCUAA